AAUAUAGAUGAAACUGAUCUUUAUAAUUGACGUUUUCGUUCUUAUAUCAAUGGUUCUUUAUAGUUUGAAUGUGCAGAAGUAGCCUAUUCGACUUGGCGAGAAAGAUUUCAAACGGGAUAUAAAAUAAUAACAAAUCUGGGUUCUAAAAAUGGAGAAGACACUUUCCGAUCGGAUGGGAUUAAAGAUUUUUAAAGAAUUACCAAUCCUUGACAGAGGGGUCAUGAAUGAAUGUAGGGGUUUUCAGACUGACAGAGGAAAAUACUUUGUCAAGAUGAACACAAAGAGUCAGACGAUGACGAUGUUUGAAGGCGAAAAGGCUGGCCUAGAGUCCCUGCUAGGCACUGGAACGGUCCAAUGUCCUAGACCUAUUCAGAUCUAUGACAUUGACGAUGGCCCAGGAUCUAUCUUUAUCAUGGAACAUCUUGAAUUGACAGAACUUGAUCAGCACGCUGCUGCGUUGGGUGAAGCUGUCGCAAGGUUACAUCUCCACAACAGUCGUCUAAAGAUGAAAGAGGAAAAGCACGAAGGCAGGAUCGGUGGGGUCCCAGUUUCGCGUCCUACAUACAUGCAGGAUUUAAAUGGGGAAGAUGUUGAGGAGGAAACCCAACGAUCUGUCUCUCAGUUUGGAUUCCACACCACCACCUGCGUGGGAUACCUACCUCAAGAUAACACAUGGUCGGAUGACUGGAUGACUUUUUUUGUCCGCCAAAGAUUGAAACCUCGGAUGGAUUACAUUGAGAGGGAAUUUGGAGACCGCACAUUGAUCGAGAUGUGGCCGCAUCUUGUAAGGCACAUACCGCGGUUAUUCCGCGGUACCGACCGCGUUAUUCCAGCGUUACUGCAUGGUGACCUACACGGGGGAAAUGUUGGCGAAACAACGACGGGUCCAGUGAUAUUCGAUCCUGCUUGUAUCUAUGGACAUCACGAGUUUGAACUAGCAGCGACCCGAGAAUUUGUCGACUUCAAACAAGAUUUCUACCCAGCCUAUCACCGACUGAUUCCAAAGGCAGAGGGUUUCGACGAGAGGGAAAAACUAUACAUCAUCAGUUUCUUUCUCAAUUAUUGGUGUCAUUUUGGACCCAGAUAUAAGGAUAAUGUACAGGAGCUAUUCACCCAACUAACAAAAUAGUCACUAUCGUUAUCGUGAAUUUAUUCUCCGAAACCCAAAAUUUGAAGUACCAUUUCGAACGGUCCGAGGCACUCUAACGCAAGUCAGUGAGAAAAAUUUGAGCCGGUAAUUAUGCAACAUGAUAGUUAAAAACCCGUAAAACGAGUAAAAUGAACCAACACAAAAGUUUAUUUCUAUGUAAUAAAUUUUGCAUAUAUCAAGUAUUCAUAGUGAUAUCUUAUUAAUAGAAAUUAGAUGAAUUAUAUCUAUAUAUAAUAUACAUUUUGUGUGAAAAUAACUAUUAGAAAGCCACACUGCCUUAUAAAAUAAACAUCAUGUAAAAUAAAGGUUUCCAGGGUAGACCGCAUUUCAAAAUGUAAUAUUAAUGUCAGCAUUUCUGUACUGAUAUAUCUCAUGUAAUUAGUGAACAAUCAUUUUUUUAUGAUCACUCCUCGGCCCUAUUAUAUAUUCGUGGCAAUUUGAUGUUUUAGAGCGUAAAAAUAUAGGCCAGUAAUUUUUCUAACGUAGGGCUAACUAAAACCUCUUUUAAAGAUUUCUUUUAUUGAUGUUGAAUGUCCGGAUGACUCCCAAUUCAUUGCUUACCGAGGUGUCAGUUCUUGUUCUUGUUCUAACCCAAACACAAUAUUCUUGUGUAUAAAAUAUAGGCCUACGAGCGGCAUUAUCUCAGCACCAUGUGAAGUUAAUCUUAGCACCAGCUAUAAAGUAAUGUUCAUGUGACUGGUGUUAUAUUUACGGUAUAGUUUUAUUCCAACACCUCACUGUAAGAACUGGGGUGUUAAAAGUGACAGCAGUUGGUGUCUCGAGAGGAUUAAAAUUACACCUUAUAGAGUGAAUACAACACCAAAUAGUGUGAAAGUGAAAACCAAAGGUGCUGUAAUAAUACCAAAGGUUUUUUUUUAACUAACACUGUAUUUAACACCCGGGGGCACUUCCAU